AUGGAUGUUGGACGAAGAAGAAGAAACAACGAAGGUGUUCGACGGAAGGGGUUGUCGCUGGUUCGAAGAAGACGGAGGCGGCGGGCAGUCCAUGGACGAGCUUGUGCUCUCCAUGGAGAAGACAAAGCAGCAAGAGGCAGCCAUGGGAGCUGGAUCUUGACUGCGGUCGCUGCUGGUCGUGAAGGUUGGUUUGACUAUCCAAGAAAAUGUUCUCUAAGUGAUAUACAAAUAUACCAAGGGCCAUCAGGUUUUAAUGGUCUUCAUAUACCUCAAUAUACAGUACAAAUUGUGAAUGAGGCAUCAGCCAUUGAUGGGAUAUUUGAUGUUCAAAUACAUUGUGGUGAAUUUGCUUCUGCAAAUUUAAUUGAACCUAAAAUCUUUAGAAGAAUUGGCUGUGGAAUUUGCCUUUUGAAAAAUGGAAGUAGGAUUCUACCUGGAGAAGUAAUUUCUUUUGAGUAUUCAAAUAUACUUCCUUAUGAUUUCUCUGUUAUUCAAGUUAAGUGUUGA